GAGAAGCGCAUUUCGUUUUGCGUGAACGCCAGAACAGUUCCUGGUGAACAAGGAAGAUGAGCCGCGCGGCAUCCGAUGAGCAAGUGGAGCUGGAGCUGGAGCAGGAGCUCCAAGACAUUGACGAUGUGGACGCAGAAGUCGACGACGACGAAGAAUACGACUACGCUAGUGAUACGUCGUCGUAUCAGUACUCGUCUGACGAGGGAGCGGGCGACGAGGGCGGAGGAAGCAAAUCGAAACGAUCCAAGACGGAAUCGUCGGCCAAAACUGCAGCGUUGAAAGUGAACACAAACCUUGGUGCGACUGCUGCCCAGUACCAGGUGAUUUCGCCAACGUCGUUGGCGAAUCAACAAAAUGCAUUAAUCGCCGACGUUGCAAGCGUCUUGUCCCUUCCCAAACCCAAAGCGAGUUUGCUUUUGCGCUAUUUCUUUUGGGACAAGGAAAAAUUGAUGGAUCGAUAUUGCAGCGAUCCAGAGGGGGUGAGCCAAGCGGCAGGCGCAUUGAGCACGGGCCAGGAAGAAGAAAGCAAGGAUGUCAAGAGGAGAUGCGCGAUCUGUUGCGAAGAUGAAACGUCCCAACUUGUUGCGCUUGGUUGCAAGCAUUUCUUUUGCGUGGAUUGCUGGGUCCCAUAUUUGAAGAUCAAGAUCCAAGAAGGGCCUGGUUGUAUCACGACGACGUGCCCCCAACAUGGAUGCUCCGAGAGGGUUAGCGAUGCAAUCUUUCAGAAACUGUUGCCCGCAGCGGAUUAUGCUCGGUUCCAAGAGUACCUGCUCCGCUCGUUCGUUGACAUCAACAAAACCGUCAAAUGGUGUCCUGCCCCUGGCUGUGACAAGGCCAUUGCAUCCUCGGGGGGACUCAGCACUGUGUCGUGCGUUUGCGGAUGCUUGUUUUGCCUGCGAUGUGGCGACGAAGCGCACAUGCCUGUAUCGUGCGAGCAGCUGGCAACGUGGCUGGAGAAAUGCCGCAACGAGAGCGAGACGGCCAACUGGAUCCUUGCCAACACCAAGAAAUGCCCCAAAUGUGCCAUUCGCAUUGAGAAGAACCAAGGGUGUAAUCACAUGACGUGCCGCAGCUGCAAGUACGAGUUUUGCUGGACGUGCAUGGACGUUUGGUCCAACCACAACGCAAACACGGGUGGGUACUACAAAUGCAACCGAUACGACCCCGACACAGUGCCAUCCGACACGGAUGCCGCCCGCGCCAAAGCCGAGUUGGACCGCUACUUGCACUACUACCAACGUUUCGCCAACCAUGCCGAGGCCGGUAAGUUUGCUGCGCGCAAGCGAGAAGAAACAGACCGUCGCAUGGCGGAGUUCGAGGCGGAAGCGAACGGGUCGUACAUGGAUGUCGGCUUUCUCAAUGCUGCGAUCGAUACUAUGAUCUCGUGCCGUCGGGUCCUCAAGUUCUCGUACGUUUAUGCGUACUAUUUGCCACAGGGGAAGGAGAAGGACCUCUUUGAGCAUUUGCAAGAGGACUUGGAAAAGAACACAGAACACUUGACUGGCCUCGCUGAGAAACCUCUCGACAAGGUCGACCGAUCCGACGUUAUCAACUACACCCGCGUGACGGAGAACUUCCUGAAAAAUAUUUUGGGUGAUGUCGACAAUGGAUUGCUCUCGAAUUGAUGAGACAGGCCGCCUUGUUUCAUAAAUUCAGUUUUCGAUUUAAUGCACGUGUCGACAUUUUGUUCCCUGUCAGCCCAAUGUGUCG